CGCAGGGCGACCUGUCCGGCCUGGUGCGCUGCACUUCGUACAGCCCCGGCGAGGCGCACCGGGAGAGCUGGGCCUCCGACUCCUCCGACUCCGUCAUCUCCUCGGGCAGCGACUCCGACAGCAGCCUCUACAAGGUGAUCCUGCUGGGCGAGCACGGCGUCGGCAAGACCAGCCUGGCCCGCAUCUUCGGCGGCGUGGAGGACUGCGCGGACGCGGAAGAAGCCGGAAAUACAUACGACAGGUCAAUUAUAGUUGACGGAGAAGAAGCAUCUCUUGUGGUGUUUGAUAUAUGGGAGCAGGAUGACAGCCAAUGGCUUCAGAACCACUGUAUGAAAAUGGGAGAUGCGUAUAUUAUUGUAUACUCAGUGACAGACAAAGUUAGUUUUGAAAAGGCCUCUGAGCUAAGAAUCCAGCUAAGAAGAGCAAGGCAAACAGAAGACAUUCCUAUUAUUCUUGUGGGCAAUAAAACCGACCUGGUCAGGUCCCGGGAAGUCUCAGUUGAUGAGGGACGGGCCUGUGCCGUUGUGUUUGACUGCAAAUUCAUCGAGACCUCAGCUGCUCUUCACCAUAACGUCAAGGACCUGUUUGAAGGUAUUGUUCGGCAAAUUAGACUUCGUAAAGACAGUAAAGAAGACAAUGCUAGGAGAAUGGCCAACACAAAAAGAAGAGAAAGCAUAGGCAAAAAGGCAAAGCGAUUCCUUGGGAGAAUUGUGGCAAAGAACAAUAAGAAGAUGGCUUUCAAAGCAAAAUCAAAGUCGUGCCAUGACUUAUCUGUGCUUUAGAAGCUUUCAGCAAGGCCAGAUGUUGCACGUGGGUGGUGAACAAGCAUUUGACUGUUAUAGAAGUGUAUAGAUGAUCCUCAUGGUGAUAACAAGAAUGACUUAUUAAUUGGGACUCUCGUUAAUGCCUUAAGGUGCGCAAGCAAGUCCGGAAGUUAAACUACAAUGUCUGCUUCAUUGAUAAAUGGUUUAAGUUUCAAUGUGUGCAAGUAAAUGAACUAACUUUACAUAAGGGGCUUGACAUGCCCACAUUUUCACUGUGUACAUAUGUUAUAUAUCCUCUUGUCCUGUGGAUACUAGAGAUGCAAAGAUAAGAAAGGAUGAUGAUAAGUAUCACCAUAGACAUGUCUCAUUUGCAGAGCAAAACUUAACUUGUACGCAGGCUCGUACACUCUUUUUAGUAUAAAGCAAACAAUGAUAAAUCUUUUUAAACUUAAAUGUGGGAGGGGGGAGUAGAACCACACUAGCGUGGGAGAAAACAAAUUAUAUAUAUAUAUAUAUAUAUAUAUAGUUAAAUACAGAACAGAUAUCAUUUUAUGAAGUUAAUUUGCACUUCCAUUAACCGUUAUUCAAUUAAUUUGUUACUUGUUUACAUGCAGAUUUUAUAAUAAAGUAUUAUUUCCUGUUAUAA